GAAGACCGAUAGUUUUUUAUAUCCUUGUUUGAGUUUCUGUGGGGGAAAGACAUGUUUUGCGGAGGAAAAGUAAAGUGUGAGGCCGGACCGCACAGUCGUCAAAGCCGACAGCCAAGGGAUGUUACCGAGAGUUGUGCGAGCCUCCUCAUCAGCAGAAUAAGACCAUAAAUCUUUCUCUGGCGAAGGAAAAAGCUCUGUUUGGACUGCAAUACAGAGGACAGAAAAAGGGGAGAAGAAAAAGCGGAGAAAGACAAAGAGAAAUACAAGGAGUGCCUUAGAAGUGAAAAAAGAGGAGUGCCAUACAAUCUACAGCACUUUGUGAACAGUGAAGAAGAGAUGAGACCGGUAAAGAAACACAGAGGGCGUUCUCCACCGUUAACCAGAGGCAGAGGGGGGAGAAGGAGAGGAGGCUCUCAGCCCCUCCAAGAGAAAGACCCCAAAAGAGUCAAGAGGGAGACACCCGUCAAAACCACACAGCACACACCCAACACUCCCUCCACACGCAAGCAGAGUCCGCCCACAGCCACCAAUUCCAACGAAGAACCAAUCACAAACAGCAAUAGCCCCACGAAGGAGGAGUCUAAUGAACCGAGGAAACCUGUGGAGUCAGUUGAGAAAGAUGGAAAGAAGGCAGAGGAAAAGACAGAAAAAGAGAAAAUAGUGGGCACGAAUGGAAAUAGUGCUGUGUCCACUGAUACUGUAGCAUUUCCUACCUCUGCCCCAGCGCCGCUCUCCACAGCUACACCUCCUCUGGCCACCAAUCACAGCCCCAGUUUAGGCUCAGUCUCUAGCAGGAAAACAGCCACAUUUAAGGCUCGUGUCCCCAAGAAGAAAUACACAUACGAGCACUUUGCUAAUAAUGCAAGUGCCCUGACUACCAUUCCUACCUCCAGCCCUGCACUCAUACACAACAGUUACUGCAAUAUUAACAGCAAAAUUAAUGAUAAUGUGAAUACACCCAACAAUAAUUUCAAGAGUAGUAACAAUAUGAAUAAUAGCAUUAAUAAAAGCAUUAAUGUUUGCAUCAAUAGUAGUACUAACAAUAACACUACCAGUGGUAUUAACAACAUGACUAACAGUAGUAACAGUAGUGCUGGGAGCCAUAGUACUUUUAUUAAUAGCAGUAAUAGUAGAAGUAAUAAUUGCUCAGGUAAUCAGCCAUCAGUGCUAACUGUGGAUAGUAAAGCUACAGGAGAAAACCAUUUUGUGUCCAUGGAAGAUAGGGCCCUCAGGACAGCAGACUCCCAGGAAAAAGAGUCCCAAGCUGGUGAAAAUGAGUCAGAGGGGGCCCCUAACUCAGUGCGCUCCUCGUCCACUGAUACAGCUAGUGAGCACUCAGCUGACCUGGACGUGAUGGACGCAACAGGACCAAGCCUUCAUCAAAAAAACUCCCACAUCCUGGCUCCCCUCCAUAACUCACACCCUGAAGAGGUUAGUCUUUCAGAAGGACUAGCUGAAGCUCUGGCCAAAGGCAUGAAGAACCAGAGAGUCCUGGCUCGCCAGAUAAAGAGAACCCUGGAGAGUAGGGUUGGGGCCCUAGGGGACAGAGUGGUCAAGCAGAGAGACUCGUGCCCUCUGUCCCCCGUGUUCAGACCAGGUGUGGUGCGGAGGGUCAGUGGAGGUGUUGUGGAAGUCCAGCUCCAAGGAGAGGAGGCCCUUGUUAAAUACCCUUUCCAUAGUGGAACUGUGAUAACGUCGUCAUCAGGGGCAGAGAGCACUGUGGAGUUCAUUUUGGAUGCCCCCCCACCUGGCAUCGCGCCUGUGGCUGUCGGGACCCGAGUGUGCGUGCCCUUUGGUGGAGAGGAGGGUGUUCCCCUGCUGUACAGAGAGGGGAUUGUCACUCAGGUGGAUCCCCACCCUGGUGUUUCGUUUCCUUACCAGGUGUUACUGAGUGAGGACAGAGAACUUCUGGGUAAUGGAGGGGUGGCAGAAGAGAAUGACAAAAGGAAAGCUAAUGGUCAAGCUGUGUGGGUGUCCCGACAGAGCCUGAGACUGCUCACCCCUCCCUGGGAGGUCUCACAUUUGGAUGGUGGGAGGGCUAAGGAGAGAGAGCGGGAGAGGGAAAGGGAAGAGAGGGAGCGGAGGGAGGAGAUGGAGGUAGAGAGGGAAGUGUGCCAGUUGAGUAUUGGAAUGGGGGUGCUGGGAGGGGCGGCAAGGUUGGGCCAUGGUUUUACACAUGAAGGGGUCGCAGGAGGGCAUCCCUAUGGAAACGUACAUCCACCCCCCCACUCCUCCACUGUGACUUCUAGUGCUGUAGCCAGCGGAGAUAACUACUCUGACAGAGAAAGACAGAAAGAGCCAAACACUCCAGAAGAAGACGUUGAGGUAUCUCGUUUUAACAUGGGCCUUACGGUUGGUCCCAAGCCAAAUACUGGGACCUCUCAGCAGAGAAACAUCAUCUCCAAGUCCAGUGGCUACCCUCCCUCCUCCCCCCACCUCUCUGUAGUGCGAGGCCCGGGACCCACACACCUCUCCACCCUAGCCAAUCCUCAGCCUCCCCCUUCCCCUGCCUUACUGGUGUCUGAAAUGAACAACACCACUCCAAACCUACCUCCAUCCAAAACCACUCCCACCCAGACCCCUACUCCCACUUCUGGUGUGGGGUCCUCCUCUACCUCCUCUCGCUCCAGGACUCCGCUCUCAUUGGCCCAGCAGAAGUACAAGAAGGGCGAUGUUGUGUGCACCCCUAAUGGUAUCCGUAAGAAGUUCAAUGGUAAGCAGUGGAGAAGGCUGUGCUCCAGGGAGGGCUGUAUGAAGGAGUCUCAGCGUCGAGGAUACUGUUCCAGACACUUAUCCAUGAGGACCAAAGAGAUGGAGGCAGCAGGGGGGGAGAGGGGAGGAGGAGGCAGCAGCUCAGGGACAGUCACCCCCUCUGACCUGCGAGGCAGAGCCAGUAGUGAGUUUGAGUGGGAUGACACAUCAAGAGAGAGCAGUGAGACCAGUAGCAGAGGAGACUCAAGACCCCGCCUGGUCCUACCCUCUCUCCUCCCCCAUGACCUGUCCUCACGCUUUGACUUUGACGAGUGUGAGGCAGCCACCAUGCUUGUAUCAUUAGGGAGCUCCCGCUCUGGCACCCCCUCCUUUUCUCCCAUCUCCAACCAGUCACCCUUCUCCCCUGCCCCCUCUCCCUCACCCUCCCCACUGUUCGGCUUCAGGCCGGCCAACUUCUCUCCGAUAACUGCCUCCCCGGUUCUGCAACACCGGAGGCACAGGCAGCCCAGUGGUACUGGGGGAGGAGGGGGAGGGGGCAGUAAAGCCACAACCUCAGCUGGAGGAGCAGAAAGGGAGAGACACACUUCAGGCAUCCAGCCCUCCUUCCACAGCAACCUGACGUUUACAGUCCCCAUGAGCCCCAGUAAACGAAAGCCAGAUGCACCUCCUCCACCACCCCUUCCUUCACACCACCACGAUUACACACCGAAAACAGAGCUUGACCAGGGGGACCUCAGUUCUUUCAGGGUGUUGUCCCCCCAAACACCAGCUUCACAUUCCCGCACACACACACCCACCUUCUCCCGACCCAGAGGAAUGACCACCCCCUCCUCCAGUAGGCCCCCUUCCUCCACCGCUGUCUCCCCUCCUCCUUUGCUGGUGUCUCCAGCUCCUCCUUCUCCUCUCACUCCCGAUGGAGGGCCUCGUCGUGUGGUCCCUGUAUCUCAACAGGCUUUGCGGGACUCCCCUGUCAUAGUGAGGAAUCCUGAAGUCCCACUGGCAAAAUUUACAGAAUGUCCCUUGGGAAGAGGAGCAGGAGGCGGAGGUGGAAACGAGGGAGGGAUAGAUAACACAUCAUCUAAAGACAUUGGCCUAACACCCCUUACCCCACAGCCAGUUUCUGGCCUUCAGGUUCCCGUCCCCAUUAACGCUGCUACAGCCACAGUACCCAACGGCACCGUCCUUUUGCGAAGCCCAGCCCAAACGCUGGUGUUUGUGUCCCCGACACCUUCCUCCCUGCCCACCCCUGAUACGCCUGCCACUCCCCUGCAGGCCCUGUCAGUUACUGUCAGCACAACAGUCACAGCUCCUGCUCCAAGUAGCACAGACAGCCCCGGGGAAAGAGAGGAGAACAGGGGGACAGGGUUUGGGGGUGAGGUCCAGCAGCCAGUUCCCUGUCAUCCUUCUCCCACUGCCCUGCUGCCCUUGAUCCUGCCGGCGGAAAGCCUUCACCCCGUCCCACGAAAGGACAUCAUCAUGGGACGCCCUGGCACAGUGUGGACCAAUGUAGAGCCCCGGUCAGUUCCAGUCUUCCCCUGGCAUUCAUUGGUCCCUUUCCUGGCACCAACCCAAUCAGAUGCUUCUUCUCAGCCAGGAGAGGGCCAGCACCCAGUCAACCACCCCCAAGCAGCCAGUCUGAAGACAGAGUGUCAGGGGGUGGCAGCGCUGUCACAGGAGCCUGCAGAGGCACCUCCCACUGUAGAAAGAGGUCCCCCGUCCCGGCCUCCCCCCUCUUCUGAUGAGCCGCCUCCAGAGAAGGAAAAAGGAGAUGCAGAGAGGGAGAGGCCUGACAGCGAGACGGAGAGUGAUGUGGAUGACCCCUUCCUCCCAGGAGUUGUACCAGAGCAGCCCCUCUCUACAUCACCAGUAAAGAGACGCACUCAGUCCCUCAGUGCACUUCCCAAAGAUGGAGACAAGAGCAGCCCUGGAAAGAGGGAGAAGGACCACAUACGGCGGCCGAUGAAUGCAUUCAUGAUUUUCAGUAAGCGCCAUCGAGCAUUGGUGCACCAGCGGCACCCAAACCAGGACAACAGGACAGUCAGCAAGAUUCUGGGGGAAUGGUGGUAUGCUCUGGGACCCAAGGAGAAGCAGAAGUACCAUGAUUUGGCGUUCCAGGUAAAAGAGGCCCACUUUAAGGCGCACCCAGACUGGAAAUGGUGCAAUAAAGACAGGAAGAAAUCCAGCUCUGAAGGUCGUGGGGUCCCAGGGGGCAAAGACAUCAGAGAGAGGAGCAUGUCUGAGUCUACAGAGCCCCAUUCUGUGGAGCUGAAGGGGGUUGGUCCAGGUCUGGCAUCUGAAAGGAGUACAGGAGAAGGUCAUGUGGGCCAGCUUACCCGUCCCCGAGCCUUUUCUCAGAGUGCCAUGCACAGCCUGGAGCGGAGUGAUAGGGGUAAUACACAGGCCCUGGCAGAACUGGCACAGAUGUGUGGGGAUGGUGGCAGCCAGUUUUCAAGCCAUGCCCCACCCCUGUCGCAGUCCCAGCGGGGGGUCAGUGAGGACAUGACCAGUGAUGAAGAACGCAUGGUCAUCUGUGAGGAGGAGGGAGAUGAUGAUGUCAUUGAGGACCCCUAUCCUAGCAGUUCCAUAGACCUCAAGUGUAAGGAGCGGGUGACUGACAGCGAUAGUGAUAACGGUUCUGGAGACGAAAGCGAUCGAAAGAGAGUUUUUGCUCCAGUCAUCUGCUCUACUGCAUCAUCUUCUUCUUCACACCAUAUCCCUCAUGGCAGGAGUGUCUCACUGUCAUCUUACCCCACCAGCAAGCGUUAUGAUGAGGGGAGAUCAGGAGGGGGAGGGUUUUCAGAUCACAGGAGGAAGGAAAGAGGAGAAGGAGAGGGUAAGGACACAUUUGGGGGAGAGGGAGGAGGAGGAGGAGUGCAAGUGUCUUCUCUCUCCCUCUCUUCUGGCCAGUCAGUCAUUUCCACUUCUCCAGCUGGAGGGCCUCCAUCCUCUUCAGUGGGUUCACAGGGUGCGAAUCCACUCCUGGGCAUUGGCGCUGUGAGGAUGGCCUCUACUGUGGUGACCAAUGUAAUGCGUCCUGUUAUUAGCACACCACUCCCUAUUGCCAGCAAACCCAGAGACGGAGGCACUUCAUCCAGCCCACAUCCACCAGAGAGGAAGUCCCUGACUCCCCAGCAGCAGCCGCAACUUCUGAUUGGUUCAGGACCAGGAGGCGGGGCUGCAGCCACAGGGGGUGGGUACUACUCUUCUUCAUCACCUAACCCUGUAGGUGGAGGCGUGGGCCCAGGUGGUGUAGUGACUAAUUUGGUGUUAGGUGGGCCUCUGUCUGCUCAACCUGCUGUACAGCUCAUCACCCCCUCCCCCCAGCCUCAGCCCUCCCAGCAGCAGGCCCUUCCCUCCACCGCUGUAUCAGCUGCACAUAGCCAAACCAAUGGGCCUCUUCCUCUGCCCCUGCUUCAGCCCCAGUUCCUUCCUGCUUCCUCCCUGGCACCCCCCGGGGGUAAGGCCAUCACACAAGUUCAGUACAUCCUGCCCACCCUACCUGCCAACACCAACCCCAAGAGUCCACCUCAGCAGCUCAGCCAGCCAACCAGUAUCUUCAACCUGCCCACAGCUCCACCUGCACAUGUGUCCUUGGCCAAUGGAAAGCAGCAGGGUACAAGUUCACUGACAGGAUAUACGUCCAGCCCAGGAGUGGGAGUGGUCAGCCCGGGAACUAGAGUGCAAACUCAGUCACCGGUGCUCCAGGGUAAAAUGCUUGUUCCCAUGGCAACAGUACGGACUGCGCCAGCUCCUGCUCAGCAGUUUCCCAUCGUGGCUCCUCCUCUUCCUGUCCAGAACGGUGCUCAGACCGGAAGCAAGAUCAUUCAGAUAGCACCUAUGCCUGUGGUCCAGUCCCAGCUGCCUCAGGGUGGAGCCGUGCACCCUGCCAGCCCCUUCCCUGUAACAGUGGGCACAGCUGCUGUGGUGGCUCCAGGAUCAGCCCCAUCCCAGGCAGUACUACUGCCACCAGCACCUACCAGGAUCACCUAUGUCCAAUCCACUCCAGGGGUCCCAUCCACUCUGCCUCUGGUCUCCACGACAACAGGCUCUUCCCCCACCCAGCAAGCUCUGCCUGUGCCUGGAUCUGCAUAUGUUCCCUCGCCCCUAGCAACACUCGGGUUUACAGCCAUCGCACCACCUGGACAGACAUUGGUCCAGCCCCUGAUUGCAGGUCAGCCUCCGCUGCUCGCCACAGCUCAGUCUCCACAGCCCUCCACCUCAGCCCCGGCCUCAGGCUCCGGGGGCCAAAUAGUUACCGCCAUCUACCCUCCCUCACCUAGCGUCACCAUGGCAACAGGGGUGGUCUCCAUGACAGCGGUGCCCCCCAGCGUGGUUUACUCUGUCUCUAGCCCUUCCAGUGCUUCACCACACAUCCUGCCCAAGCACACAGCAACACCCGCCACGAUCACACACCCACAUCCGGACAGACAGGCAGACAGGCACCUGCCUUUGGACAGACCUGCAGAUCGACAAGCAGAGAGGCAGACAGAGCUGCUGACGCACUCGGACAGACAGCUUGAGAGGCCGACGCAGAUCUCCAGCAGUAGCAGCUCAGUGGCACCUCCCAGUGGCUCAUCUGUGUCCAUAAGGCCCUGCAGUCCGCCAAUUCAAAUCCAAACACCUAGCAGUGCACCAGGUACACCCAAACUAACCCAGCUUCCAGUCAGGACCCCUCAGAAAGUGAAGGCAACAGUGGCAAACAUUCCUGUGGGCAGCUAUGAAGGAGGAGGAAGAGGUAAAGAGAGAGAGCGGGAGAAGGACAGGGAGCGAGAGAGGGAGCGUGAGCGGGAAAAGGAGAGAGAGAGGGAGAGGGAAGCCGCAGCCAACAGUCACUUCUCCUUUGAUCCUGAGCCGGCGGGGCAGACAGGGUCUCCAUCAGCACAUCCUGCUGAGGAGCCGCCAUCCUCUGACAGACCCCUGGAGGGCUCCAGUUCAGCAGACUCCUCUGACACACGGACUAGGGAAAGCACAACCACCAAAGAGACUGGAUGGAGGGAGUCCCUCCCCUCCUCUCCUCUCCCUCCUCCAUCAGCCACGGAACCUGCCCUGCCACCUCCACAGACUGACAAAGACGGUCCUACACCCAAAAAGGUCAAAGCCCGCCCACCACCUCUAAAGAAGACGUUUGACUCAGUUGACAAGUCUGGCAGGGUGCUCUCAGAGGUGUAUUUCGAGGAGCGCUUUGCCGAGCUGCCAGAGUUUCGGCCUGAGGAGGUUUUGCCUUCACCCACCCUGCAGAGUCUGGCCACUUCGCCUCGCGCCAUUCUAGGCAGCUAUCGCCGCAAGAGGAAGAACUCCACAGAUUUGGACUCAGCCACUGACGAUCAAGUCUCUCCUAAAAGAAAGAGCCGACGACGCUCAAGUUGCAGCUCAGAGCCCAACACGCCUAAAAGUGCUGCCAAGUGUGAGGGAGACAUCUUCACCUUUGACAGAGCAGCCACAGAUGGAGAAGACAUCCUGGCAGAACUGGAGUUUGAUAAGGUGCCAUACUCGUCCCUGAGAAGAACACUGGACCAGAGGAGAGCACUGGUCAUGCAGCUGUUCCAGGAGCAGGGUUUCUUUCCAUCGGCUCAGGCAACUGCAGCCUUCCAGACGAGAUACUCCGACAUAUUUCCCACCAAGAUUUGUCUGCAGCUGAAGAUCAGGGAGGUCCGGCAGAAGAUCAUGCAGACAGCUGCUCCCUCCGAUGCUUCUGGUUUAGGCAUUCCUGACUCAGUCGGCUCCCUUCCUGGACCUUCUGGCUCCCAGUCAGGUGAGGGAUCUGGGAGAGGUGGUGGGGACCUGCAGGAUGAGGAAAUGGAGCAAGGGACAGAAGUGAGUAUAGAGGAUGCUCGCGACUCGCAGGACUCUUGCAGAUGAGAGAUGCUGACUAAUCAGAUUGACCAAUCAGUGGCUGUUGCCGUCACAUUUUUCCACCCCCCUCCAUACACUUUUCUUUUCACUCUCAUCUACUCUCUCUGCUCUCCCCUGGUGAGAUCCUGAUUUAUUUCUAUCCUCAGCAGCCAACCUUUGAGAGUGAGAGAUGUUUGUAUGCAACUUUUUGCCCCUUUUUAUUUUUAUUUUUUAAAUGCGUGACCCUUGUACCAAAAAAAAAAAACGGACGUGAAAAAACCAGUGGAACAAAAACUUCCACAUACCACAACACAUACACAAACCCUGCAAACUCUUAAAUCCCACACUUGAAUUAGCACUCUGUAUUAACCACCUUGGAGGAAGUUCCCAUUGAUGCCAGUGAACGAAGGACCAUUGUGUACAGCUGCACUCAUUUGCCUCGAAGAAGAAAGGGUUCUUGUUUUGGACGGAGAGACCUGCUUAACCCGUUCUGAGACGGUGAAAAUUCAGCAGUUUAAAAAAAAAAAAAAAGAAGAAUGUUAUAUGUUUUGAUAUUUGUUUUUAAUAGGGUUAGAAGAGUAAAAGCAGUAAGCAUCUGCUUGAGGAACAAUCUGUACGUGGACUUAACCGUUGUAAGCUUGUGUCUUGUUUCUGCUGACAUUCGGGGGCUGGGCCCUCAACAGCUGGAAACCAUUUGAUUUGACAAGAGCACUCAUUGUUGUGGACCUGGAGAGAUCUUUUUCUCAGUUUUACGUCUCACAUGUAGACCUUCAGGGGAGGUCUACCAGGAGUGACUGAAAAAUUGACUGAAACGUUAGUGGACUUCUGGCAGUGCCAUCAUUCCUGCAAUUACCUGUCUGGCCAAGACCUCCCUUCUCACGACUGACCCUAGCACAUGCCAGUAGGUAGGAACCAAGCAUUCCCGUGCCUCUCAUUCGCUAGCCAUGAAGGAAGGAGGUGGGUCAGAGUCAACAGGCACAUCCUGGCUCUUAGUUGUAGAGGUCAGGCUGUUACGGCCUUAAUCCUCUAUUGCCAAGCAGUUUUAUUAACUUUUUUAAAAUAAUUUGAUUUGUAUUUAACAUGGUCAUAUUCAGUUUGUUGUUGUUACUAUUCUUAUGGUCAUUGUUAUUACUCCUUCUAUAAUUGCAGUGAAUCCUGGUCCUUAGUUCUACUCUCAUUGCUGGCAGAUCCUUCCUUUCUGCCAGCUGUUGAUUUCUUGUACUUUUUUUUGUUUUUAUAUAAUUUUGAAGGCAGGUGAGAGAUGCUGCUCCACACCUGUACAGCUCCAUUGUAGUCUUCCCUUGACUGGUCUCUCACCUCACCAAGGACCUGUGGUGCAGUUAUUUUUAUGGUUCAUUUCACACAGGAAGACAAACUCAACGUGGACCUUUAUAUUCUUUCAGCAGUAAUAAGCAGUAUGUUUUUAGAAAACCUUGUAUGCCUCUCUGUCCCUGGCUAAGUUCUGACUCUAUAGUCUCAACACUUGUACAUCUCCUUCCUCCACCUCUUUCCUUCCCUCCUUCCUCCCUUUGUCACUUUAUUGCUCUCUCAAGACCUCCUUUUUAGACAGGCGGAGAGAAAACUGGGGUAAGUGAGAGGAGGGUAACAAAUCAAAGAGAGCUGGUAGGAUAUAAAACUGAUUGUGUCUUUGUGCAAGACUUGGUUGUGUUGUAAAUAAUUACUGUAGAGUCAGUAGACUCAUUAUAUUAUUGAUAAGGAAAAAUCUGUCAUUGAACAUAAGUUGACUUUUAAGACACCCAUUACCGAAGGUUAAAAAAAAAAAACACAUGAAAUGGAAAAACAAUAAUAAAUAUGGCUAUUAAUGUUUUUGUGUUAUACUCCUUGUUUUGCU